GUGCCCAUUUACGUGUCCGCGAUCAGGAUAACCGAUAACGCUGUUAAAUCUGACCACGCUGGCUCCGGCUGUCAUCACGUUUGUAAGUUUCAUUGUUUAUUCUUUCAUUUCGUCAAAAUGAAAAUAAAAAGGAACUUAAAUGCCGUGAGAAUUCCAGCGUUUAAAAAAGUUAUAAAAGUGAAACGUAGCUUGCCAGAUGUACAAGAACAAUCCACCGUUUCUAAAGCAUUAGAAAAUGUUAAAAGAAUUUUGAAGAAGGAAACUCCGGAGACGACAAAACCUGUUGUAAAUUUAAAACCGACUAUAGUACGCAAGACAAAAAGAAUAAGAGUAAGAAAAAAUGUAAUAAAUCGUAACAAAAUAAGUCCGAAAGGUAUAGUGUACGUUGGUCAUAUACCUCAUGGUUUUUAUGAAGAGGAAAUAAAAAGUUAUUUCAAACAGUUUGGACAAGUGUCAAGAGUGCGGAUUGCUAGAUCAAAAAAGAAUGGUUGUAGCCGUGGUUAUGGUUAUGUUGAAUUUUUGCUUCCUGAAGUGGCAAAAAUAGCUGCAGAAACAAUGAAUAAUUAUCUCAUGUGCGGUAGAUUAUUAAAAGCUACAUACGUUCCACCCGAGGAACAACAUCUAGGCUAUUUUCAUGGAAGACCUUGGUCAAAAAGUAUGUACCCCAAACUAAUAAAUAGAAAGAAGACAAACAGAUUAAGGAAUGCAAAAAUUGUGAAAAGGGUACAUACAAGCUUUAUACAAAAAACAGUGCAUAGAUUGAAUGCUCUAGAAAAGAUACUAGAAGAGAAAGGUCACAGUAUAAAAUUUUCACCGGUUGGCAAUAUUAAGGAUAUCAAGUAUAAAAAUAAAUUUGAUAUCACUUCAUCUUCCAAGCAAGACAAAACAGAAGAUAUGUCGACUUAA